AUGUUUUCGAAAAAGGUCUUACUCGCUUCAAUUCCUACCCUCACAUUCUUCGACGGUGAGCAGACAAGCUUUCGUCGGACCUCGGCCGUCGAUCAGCUGGUCUGUCAAGGCCCUGGGUGCAAGAUCUUCCGGCCUGACGUCAUCCAAUGCUACAACAAAGGAGGCUCGGGAACUGAUAUCAAUUGGAGAUGCGAGGCCGACCUUCCUGCCAAAUUGAAACUUGGUCGAGUUGAAGUGGGAUGUGAAGGAUGGUCACAUGCCGACGACCCAUACGUACUCAAAGGCUCGUGCGCUUUGACUUAUACCCUCAAAAUAGAUUCAUCUUACAAUUAUGAUUCUUCGCCCACGGAUGGUUCAACAGGUUCAACUUUGGUCUUUUGCAUCCUUUUCCUCGGAAGCCUUGGCGGCCCGGUUUCUGGACUGGUCUUGCUGCAGGAUCUGCAGGCACGCAUUUAUUUGGGACCCGGGACAGAAGAAAUCAAGCCCAGCAAUCCGACUGGACCAGUCCCGUUGCAGCCCGGGGGACUGGCAGUUGGUUUGGUAGCGCUGAACCUUCGGUUGGUCGGUCCAAUCCAACCUAUCGAGGCCAAGGCAGCUCGAGGGAUGUGGCCGAUGAUAGCAGUAACUUGGGACCUAUUCGAUCUUCUACUGGCUUUGGUGGAACGAGAAAUCGCUAGACAUCUAUUUUACGUACCCCUGUGGAUCGCUUGUGAUCCAAACAACAACUUGUAUAAAUUAGUCUCCAUAUAUGCGAUCAUUUCUUGGAUAUCUUGUUUGUAA